AUGGCACCAGGAAGCAGCAUUGUGACUGUAGUCCCUGAGUCGGACUGUGGAGAUGACGAUGGGCUUUCUGAGGCACUUGGGGGUAUCAGGCUUGACGUAGACUCUGCAAGUAAACCGUGGUCUACAUCGCUAGCCAAUGUUGCAUUAUCAUCACUGUCUGGCUUGAAUGAUUUGCUCGAAUGUCCAGUGUGUACCAACUCAAUGCGCCCACCUAUACUCCAGUGCCCAAAUGGCCACACAAUCUGCUCUAGUUGCAAGCACAGGGUAGAGAACCAUUGCCCAACGUGUUGCCAGGAACUGGGAAACAUCAGGUGCUUAGCGCUUGAGAAGGUGGCAGAACAACUUCAGCUUCCAUGCAAAUACCAGAGUAUGGGAUGCACUGAGAUUCACCCAUACAAGAACAAACUCAAGCACGAGGAGUUCUGCAGGUUCAGGCCAUACAACUGCCCGUACGCAGGUUCAGAGUGUCUGAUCACAGGUGAUGUUCCGUUUCUGGUGUCUCAUCUCAUCAAUGACCAUAAGGUGGACUUGCAUGAGGGCUGCACAUUUAACCACCGAUAUGUGAAGCCCAACCCUUACGAAGUGGAAAAUGCUACAUGGAUGCUCACUGUUUUCAAGUGUUUUGGGCAGCACUUCUGCCUGCACUUCGAGGCGUUCCUGCUGGGGAUGGCGCCGGUGUACAUGGCGUUCCUGCGGUUCAUGGGCGAGGAGAGCGAGGCGCAGGGGUUCGGGUACAGCCUGGAGGUGGGCGGGGGCGCGCGGAAGCUGACGUGGCAGGGCACGCCGUGGAGCAUCAGGGACAGCCACCGGAAGGUGCGGGACAGCUUCGACGGGCUCAUCAUCCACAGGAACAUGGCGCUCUUCUUCUCGGGCGGCGGCAGGCAAGAGCUCAAGCUGCGGGUCACCGGCCGCAUCUGGAGGGAGCAAGGGCAAUGA